ACUAUGGACGGACUGUUUAAACGGCAGUCGUAAAUCUCCGUUUUAAUCGGCAAUGUCGCAAUAGACGAGCUCAUUUGAAAAGAAAGGAAAAAGGAAACGAAAUGGACGAUGAAAUCCCUCACCCGAUCAAACGGCAGAGAAGCAGAAAGCGAACAAUCCCUAACCAAAGUAGCCGCUAAUCGUGAUUCGUGACUUGUGAGCUUCAAGCUCUCAGACCACGUCGUUUCGGUUGCUACCUUUUCUUUUGAUGUCGAAUUCUGGCGAUGAUGUUCCCCUUAGCUUCAAUCGCAAGAGGCAUUAUUCGCAGAAGGGAAUCUCUACAUUGUUUCUGUUGUCUCCUGAAAAAUAUUCCAAGUCUCUCAGCAUUGCUCGCAGCAACUUCAUUUACCCAGUCCCUUUCUUACAGUUUGUGUGCGGGCCAGAGAAGCUGCAGUGCAGUGGAGCCUCUUCUAGAAGCACCAUGCAUAUUGUCUCCAUCCGGUUUUUCGUUAGAACAUAGAUUAAAUGUGUUUGGUUUCCAUACUCUUGGAAUUUGGAUACCUGCGAGGUACAUGAAUAAUGCAUCAGUUGAGCUGAAGACAGAAAAUGAUGUUGUCAGGUUUUCAAUUGGUAAGCCCGCUGAUAAUGCCUUUUCCCGAACAGAAGGAAAGAAGAAGAACAAACGGGUCAAAAUUUCUAAAAGGGCCAAACUGAAUGAACUCAGAUUCUAUCGCCUGAAGGCCAAAAAGAAGAUGACUUCUCCAAAUCCAGAAGUUAGGAUUAGAUAUAAACUCGAAAAGGCCAAACGAAAGGAAGCAUGGUUGAUUGAGAUGUUGAGGAAAUUUGAAGUUCCCAAAGCACCUGCUGAAAUAUAUGAUCCUGAAAUCCUAACUGAAGAAGAAAGGCAUUACUUUAAGCGAACUGGUGAGAAAAAAAAGAACUAUGUCCCAGUUGGAAGACGUGGCGUCUUUGGAGGGGUUGUUCUUAAUAUGCAUCUUCAUUGGAAGAAGCACGAGACUGUAAAGGUAAUUUGCAAGCCAUGCAAACCCGGACAGGUUCACGUAUAUGCUGAAGAGCUUGCUAGACUGAGCAAAGGAAUUGUGAUUGACAUAAAAGCUAACAACGUUAUACUUUUCUACCGGGGAAAGAAUUAUGUGCAGCCAAAAGUAAUGUCACCUCUAGAUACAUUGUCUAAAGACAAGGCCUUGGAAAAGUACAAGUAUGAGCAGUCACUUGAGCAUACAAGUCAGUUCAUUGAGAAAUUGGAAGAAGAGCUAGAAGAGUAUCAGAAGCACCUUGUUCGGUACAAGAAAGCAAAAGAGGACACACCAAAAGAUUCUGUUAUCAAUAUCUGAUUUGGUAUUUUUUUUUUCUUCUUCAAACUUCUUAAUCGAAGCCUUCAGUUUGACUGUGUUUGAUUGUUCUUUCUAUGUGCACUUGCAAGUGUAAUUUCUAUUUUCAUAUUAAAUUUUAAUGGGUUGAAAAAGUUGUAAAACUUGGCACAUCUAUGCUGAUGGUUCGGCCAUUCAAGGAA